AUGGCGCUGUCCAGGAGAAAGCGCUGCCUUAACGCUGUUGACGUCUUGAAUCGGAGAAGUCGUGAGGCUGGAGAUGCUGGCAACGUGAGCAGGAACAAUAUGAAACUUCUGAGAGGCUUACUCCUGCAGGACACCAGGAAAUUUUUAAAAGUGUGGUGCAAAUCAUCAAAAUCAACAAUAACAUGUGAGGCUGGACAGAUGUACUUUGAAAAUUAUCAGAGCUGUUACAGCUGCCUUCAUUUAGAACCGUCCCUUCUUUAUAAAUUACCCAGACGCCCUAAACAGGAGAAAUUUGAAGAUGCCUUGCUGUGUCAGACCCCACUUGACAAAGCACUGGAAACCCCUAUGGAUCAAAAACCUAAUCUUCUUGUGUUAACUGCAAAUAACUGGCUUUAUCGUCUCUCUUCUCAAACAGGCAAAGAGCUAGAGAGAAUUUACCUAUCUCCAAACCAUAAAUUUAAAUACCUUGGCUGGGAUGUCUCACAAGAAGUGUUAUAUGUGAAGUCAGUUCAAAAUAAAGAGUCAGUUUUCGAACGUCAGGCUGGAAUCACACAUAACACCUUGAUGCAUCUUGCUGUAUUUAAAGCUUUUCCUCUUCAAAUUGUGGGCAUUAUAGAGAUUAGUAAGAAGGUAUUUGGGAGCAGUGUGAGUGAUGUGGUGCUGUCUCAGGGUGUCCUUGCUGUGUCUUAUAUCAACAAGUCUGUAAAAUUGUAUAGCUCUGAACAUAUUUUUCAGAGGUACACUAUAGACAAAUUGACUCUAGGAAGGCAAAGCUCACUUCUUGGAGGAAAAAUUGGAGAAUUUCCUUAUGGUAUCCCAGUCAAUGUCCACAUUACAGAUUCCCUUCCUGUGAUUUUUGAGGUAUCCUGCUCUAACACUGGCAUUCAGAUUGGUUAUCCAUGGCACUUUAUUCACACACCACCUCAUAAAAAGCACAAGGGGACCUACCACAUCUGUUCCCUCAAAGACUGCACACCAGCAAGGAAUGGUAUCCGAGAUAUGAAAUGCUGCUCAUUGGAGACUGAUGUGAUUAUGUUUCAUCCUGAUGACACUGGUCGGAUUAUCCAUGUUGGACCAAAAUCUAUUGAAGUGCUAAAAAUUAUCCAUGACCAAAACAGCAUUGCCCCUUCAAUGAUUGUGGAUGAUUUCUCAAUUAUAAUCGAUGAACACAGAAAUCAAUCACCUCGGGUAACUGUGACUUCAUCAGGACGUACCGUGAAACAAAGAUAUGAUCAGCUUGAUGAUGAUCCAAACCAGGAGACCAUCCGGCUGGUGGAGUAUGAGGACGAGUUGGACCUUUUAGCUGUGGUGGUAACAAAUGGAGAGGAAGGAGCAGUGCAGAUCCGACUCUAUGACAAUCAGAAUGGACAACUACUUCGGACCAUUGAGCUAGCUGAAUCUUGGGAUGAGACUUACCGGCAUGAGUUGAUUUUUGACAAAGACACAAUUGUGCACAUUGAGCAGCAGAAGACCACCUUUUGUUGUCAUGUUUACAAACUUGAUGCUGCUGUGAAAUGAUUGAUGUAUCAAAACUACCAAAGUCAUGUACAUUCUGUUUUAUAUGUUAGUCUUUUAUAUGUCACAAAAAGUAGAAAUAAAUAAAAUUAUUAUUUUUAAAAUAA